UAAGCAGAGCCAACUACUUAUAUUUCGUAGGACUAAGACUGCAGUGAGUACUGUCCUUGAUAAUUUUUUAAGACUAUAAUGAGUAGGGCUCCUAUGACUUUGUUGAAAUAAAGUAAGUACUGCUUUUAUAAAUUUUUUGAACCAAAUGGAGUACUGCUCCUAUGACUUUUUGGACUAAAGUGAGUGCGGCUCCUAUGAAUUUUUGGAAUAAAGUAAGUACUGAUCUUAUGACUUUUUGAACUAAAGUGAGUACUGCUCCUAUGACUUUUUUGACUAAAGUGAGUACUGCUCCUAUGACUUUUUUUUACUAAAGCGAGCACUGCUCCUAUGACUCUUUUGGACUAACGUAAGUAUUUCUCCUAUGAAUUUGUGGACUAAAUUGAGGACUGCUUCUAUAACUUUGAUGAACUAAAGUAAGUACUGCUCCUAUAACUUUUAAAGUGAGAACUGCUCCUAUGAUUUUUUGGACUAAAGUGAGUACUGCUCUUAUGACUUUGUUGGACUAAAGUCGACACGCGGCUCAUUGAAUGAAUGAAUGCGUCUGUUUUUAAUACAUUUCCAUACCAUAAAAAGGUGGAAAAAGUAAUAUUUUAACAGUUCAGUUUAACAUUGUCCUAUGGAGAUUUCAUCCCCAAUGAGGUGUUCAACCGCAAAGUAUCCCCCCUCUCCCCCAAAACACACCCACAAUCCAUUUCUUACAUUUUAUUCCAGAGUUUCGUGUCGCAAUUAAUUGUUGGCUACUGAAACAAGGUUAUAAUUUUUUUUUUGGUUAAAUAUUUCGUAAAUUCCCUUUUUUAUAUUACUGAAUUAACUAUCUAUAGUUCUUUCAAUCUGUUUUUUUGUUUGACCAUUCCAUUUAAUCAAGCUUGAAAUUCAUUCGUUAUAGUUAUUGGUGAAUCCCGUAAAAACUUAUUUUCACCACUAAGUCCACUGUUUUGCAAACACCUUUUUUCACCCACUUGCUCUAUACCGGUUUAAUGUCACACCUGUAUUGUGCAACAUUUCCCGAGCCCCCUUAACAAAUUUUUAAUACAAUUUCUUCCAGAGUUAAUUCCCCACCACCCCCUUUUUUUAAUUUUUUUAAUCACCAAAUGUCCCCCUCUUCUCAUUGUUUGUAUAAGGGGGGGGGGAGGAGGAGUUGUGGGUGGCGUACGCCCGUCGUUGGGAAAUGAAGGGGGCGGUAAAUAAUUAUGUGAACAGUUUUAUUAGAAAAGACAUACCCCCCACUCCCCAAUUUUUCAGGGCCAAGACCUGUCAAACAUUCAAGGAAACCUUUAAAAAAUAAUUUCAAAACCAAAUUUGAACAAUGAUUAUUGAACAAUGUUUUUCAAUUCUUAAAUAUAGUAUACUGAUGUAGCAACACAUUUUAUAAAUUAUUUUUUUUUUAAAAUUGGAAACAAAACGUCAUUUAAUUAUGUUAUCUUUGCCACAUUAGAAUCUUCUACUAGCGCCAAUUUUAUAUUGUAGAAUUAACAAAGAAUUGAUGAUUUAAAAAAAAUGCCGUUGCCAUUAAAUGUAAUUUUCAGUUUCUUCUUUAAAUCUUUUUUUCGAUAAGUAAAGUGAUCCUUUUUUUAAAAAAAUAGUACGUAGCUGCUGAUUUAUUGGUGAGCGUAAAAAAAUCACAGGAAAAAAAGUCACAAAAUUUGCUAGGAAAAAAGUCACAGGAAAAAAAAAUCACGGAAAAUAGUCACAAAUUUUGCUCGGAAAAAAAGUCACAGGAAAAAAAGUCACAGGAAAUAAAGUCACAGGAAAAAAGUCACAGAAGCAUUCAGCCAUCAGAUGUCAUAAAUAAAUUUUGACAAGAUUUGUGGUAUCCCGUUUCCUAAUGGCAUCCCAUAGCCCAUCGGGAUCCCGGCCCCACUGGGAUCCUGACCCCAUUGGGUUACCGAUCACGAUGGGAUCCCAUUUGGGAUCCUCAUCCCGAUUGGGAUCCCGAUUCCAAAUGGGAUCCCAAUGGGGAUUCUGACCACAUUGGGAUACCGACCCCAUGGGGAUCUCAAUCCCGAUUGUGAUCCCGACCCCAUUGGGAUACGAUUUUGAUUGGGAUCCCUUUCCCUAAAACGAUCCCAAUUGGGAUCCUGACCCAUUGCGAUUCCGAUCUUUUUUGGAUCACAGCCCCAAUUGAUCCCGAUUGGGAUCCCUUUCUCAAAAAGAAUGUCAUUGAUAUCCCGACCCCAUUGGGAUCCCUAUUCUAAAUGGCAUCACAUAUCUUAAUGGGAUUCCAACCCCUGUGGGAUAUGGAACUAAUUGAGAUCCCAAUGGUAUCCCAUUUCCAAGUAGGAUACCACUUUCCAAAUUUUACCCUUUUUCAGGUGGGAUCGCGAUCCGUUAGGAUUCCGUUUCCCGUUGGGCUCUUCUCCAAUGGGAUCCCGUUUGCCACAGGAUCCCUAUUUGAUCCCGUCACCAAGUUUGGUCAAGAUCCAUCUAUUGUAUUUGUUGCUAAUUUUAUUUAUAUAGUUCCUAUAAGGGAAAAAAAAAACCAAUUCGGGACUCCCGGCUCCAAAAGGAAAUUUAUAAAAAGUUCAUAAUCCCCUAAUAAUUGAUUCUGGAUAAUGAUGGAUAUAUGUGCCAUCCAUCACCCAUCCACCCACUAUAUAUCAUCCAUCCAUCAUCCAUCCAUCCAUCCAUCCAUCCAUCCACCCACCCCAUCCCCCACCAAUCCACCCACCCACCUCCUAUCUAUCAUUGAUUUUCUUAAAUGGUAAAAUAAGAAUAUAACAUCAAUCUAUCUAUGAAUCAAUCAUUGAUUUUCCUAAUUGGUAAAAUGUCAAUAUAGCAUCAAUAUACCUAUCAAAUCAAUCAAUCAUUGAUUUUCUUAAUUGGUAAAAUGAGAAUAUAGCAUCUAAUUUUCACAACUUUAAUACCAUUGGAUUUAAAGAUAGUGUCAUCCACAUAAAAAUCUACACACCCUAUUUCUUACCCCCGAUAUAUAUAUAUAUAUUGUGGAGAGUUCGGAUCAUGACGGUGACCGGCCGUCUGACAGGUACAGCUGGCGAGUGUGGAGGGUUCGGAUCACGACGGCGACCGGCCGUCUGACAGGUACAGCCGGCGCCAGCUGACCAGAGAUCACGAUCGACGGAUCAAGCCAUCUGACCAGGGCAUUUACCUGGGACGUCUGGUCUGUUUGUAACCUGUCGCCAAUUGAGAAAAAGGGGCGGGGUAUAAUGCGCCAGUCCAGACCUGGGAGAGGAACUAUGGGACAGGGAGGUAUAAAUAGGGAUCUCUGGACGGGACGAGGGAGACGGCGGCCGGACUGAGAACUAGAUAGCAGGGAGAAGUCAGAGUUGUGAGAUGAGAGAAAGAGUAAGCAAGGUGACAGCCCAAUAAAGAACACGAGUUUAAUCAUCAAAUGUUAUCACCGGAGUUGUUUCCUUAUUGAGUACCAGAUCUAGAUGAAGUUUAUCAGAGAGUAAGCAAGAUUUCCUUACAAUGGUGGCAGCGGUGGGAUUCUUAACCUUGCAACGACUCCGAGGAGACAUACAUUUUCGUUAGCCUGACUAGAUGAAAAGUACAAGGCGCGGAAAAUUGACAGCAAGUACAAUGUCUUCACAGCACUUACACAACAUCCCAACGUACAGUGGAGCCUCUACAUGGCACACUUUUAUCGUGCAGUUUGAGACCUCUGCAAAAAUUUUCAAGUGGAGUGAUGACGAUAAACUCCUCUAUCUCUGCUUUUCACUGAAGGAUGCAGCUGCGGAAUUCGCGUACAGCGAAUUAAGCGAAGCUGAGAGGGACAGCUAACGAGAAACUCAAGGAUGCCCUGGCUAAUCGGUUUAAGGACCAUCGAACACCUGCAUUCUUUCAAAAUAUUUUAGAAAAACGCACGUUUUUGAAAUCGGAGACCACAGCCGAGUACGCUACAGACCUCAAGAGAUUGGUUGCAAAAAGCUUCCCAAUGGCAGACCAGGCUACAAAAGAUGCCAUUGGUUUUAAACAGUUCUUACGUGGGCUGCCUGACCAGUCUAUGGUGACACAAGUUGGCACUAUGGCUGUUCCUCCCACCGUGGACAAGGCGAGAGCUGCCUUGGAUACAAUCUUAAAUCUGAGGGACAACGUUUGUUUACCAACACAGCAAGUAGCAUCAAUGGCUACCGACAAUUUGGCCAGAGAGGUUAGCGGCCUGAGAGAGGACCUCAGGGAAUUCAUGGCCUCACAGCGAGGGGCAGUUACCCAUUCGGCACGUGAAACGGGAGGUAAUCGGAGGGCGGAACUCAGAUGCUUUGGGUGUGAUCGAAUCGGUCAUAUCUCACGUAAUUGCCCAAACAAACGACCAGAAGGAAGAAACCCUCGUCGUUUAAACUAAUUCGGGCCGCCUCUAGGAAACACAGCAAACCAGAAAGACAACGAUCUAUAAGCGCUGUGUAUGUGACAAUUAACGUUUGUAAUGAGGAAACUCAGUUUUUAUUAGACACUGGGGCGGCCGUGACAAUUUUGUCCGAGAGAAUUUUCAAUAGAAUGCAGCAUAGACCAACGUUGAAUAGCCACCUCGUCCCAUUACAUCUACAGUCAGCCAGUGGUACGUCUAUAAAACUCCAUGGAGUCUGCGACCUCGACUUGCUUAUUGGAGAGAAGGUUUAUCCAUGGACGGUGCAUAUCGCAGACAUAACCGACGAUGGUUAUCUAGGAUUCGAUUUCCUAUGUCACUAUGACUUUUCAUUUUCAAUUAAAAAGGGGCUAAACAAUGAGGAAGAGAGAGAAAAAUUGUGGUGUUCGUUGGAGCGGAAUAGGAAAAUAUUUUCAACCUCAUCGCUGGACGUGGGAAGGACCUCUAUUAUAAAACAUGAGAUACCGACCGGGGAUGCAAGACCUAUUAAAAUUCCCCCACGGAGACCUCCGCGGGCGUUUGAGGACGAAGUCGAUGACGUCAUCACCUCUCAGCUGGAGGCCGGCAUUAUCAGAGAGUCAAGGUCACCGUGGUCUGCACCGUUGCACUUUGUUAGAAAGAAAAACAAUGAGGUACGUGUUGUGUGCGAUUAUCGGGAACUAAAUAAAGUGACACAGAAGGAUAGUUUUCCACUUCCCCGAUGUAACGAACUCAUAGAGGUGAUGGCUGGUGCAAAAUAUUUUUGUUCCUUAGAUUUGCAGUCAGCUUAUUAUCAGAUAGAAGUUGAGGAACAGGAUAAAGCAAAAACGGCAUUUUCCACGUUGAAUGGCCACUACGAGUACAACGUCACACCCAUGGGUUUGACAGGGGCACCAGCCACCUUUCAACGAUGCAUGGAAACUGUUUUUAAGGGCCUAAAUUAUAAAACUUUAGUGGUGUUCAUUGAUGACAUAUGUAUAUUUGGCGAGACUUUCCAACAGUGCUUAGAUCGAUUCGUGGAGGCUAUUAAUAGAUUGAGGCAGGCAGCACUCAAACUUAAACCGGAAAAAUGUGUUUUAUUUAAAUUAGAGGUCCGAUUCUUAGGUUAUGUAGUGUCAGGAGAAGGAGUGAAGACUGACCCCGAGAAAGUUGAAACAAUCAAUAAUUUUCCAAGGCCACAAAACGUAUCUUCUUUGAGGAGUUUUCUUGGAAUGGCGUCUUACUACAGACGAUGGAUAAAGGGGCACUCGACCAUAGCUGCACCCCUUAAUCGGUUGUUAGAAGGAAAGAACACCAAGAUUUUGGAGUGGAAUGAUGAGUGUGAAGUUGCAUUUUCUCAGUUAAAGCAAUGUUUGGUGUCAUCUGAAGUGAUGGCCCAGCCACAACACGACGGUGGUAGUUUUAUCCUCGACUGCGACGCACGUGCCACAGCUAUAGGGUGUACUCUGUCACAGAUGCAGUGGUCGGAGCGAGAUCAACGACUGAUGGAGAGACCUAUAUAUCACGCCAGCAAGUCUUUAAAUCGAGCUGAACGACGUUAUUGUGUAACCCGACGUGAACUCCUGGCGGUCGUCACCUUUGCUAAUCAAUUUCGCCAUUUUCUUCUGGGUCGAAAGUUCAUGGUGAGGACAGAUCAUAGCUCCCUUAGGUGGUUGUUAUCUUUUCGUAACCCCACAGACCAAAUAGCAAGAUGGAUAGAACUUUUGUCACAAUUUGAUUUUGACAUCGAACACCGGAGUGGCAACAAGCAUACCAACGCAGAUUUUUUAUCGAGAAGUGAGCCAGAAGGUUGUCUGUUUUAUAACAAGGACAAAAUGCUGCAGGAUCUUCCCUGUAACGGUUGCAACUUGUGCACCAGGAGGUUCCGACAAUGGUCACAAUUUUAUCAGGAAGAAGACAUCAUUCCAUUAUCCACCACUAGUAACCAGUUGCCAGCAGCAGCUGUUAUGAAAAUCAACAUGGUGACGACUCGCAGUAAAACGUAUCCUCCCGUGAACCCACUUAAACCCCCGCCCGGAGGAGCAACCACAAGUGAUACUGGUCGAGCAAACUGCCCUGUGGACACGCCCCUCGUACCAAGCCAACCUAUCCAAUUACCUUGCCCUGAGUCGACAUCAAACAGAAAUGAUCGGAAUGCUGACCGAGAGCCGGUUGCAGUGUUAUGUGCAGACAAUAGUGACUAUAAAUUCUGUGAAGGGUUAGACAUAUCCAAGGAAGAUCUGAGAAAAUUACAACAGGAAGAUAAUGACUUGAGUCAUGUUUUUAAGUGGAUCAAAGACAAAACAAAACCAAAAAGAGAGGAAAUUAGUGGAGAAUCGCCGGCUGUUAGGAACCUUUGGUUAAACCUUGAUUUACUUAUUGUUGUGGAUGGAGUUUUAUGUAAACGAUGGUUUCAUCCGGGUCGGAAGGAUGAAAUAUUGAAAAUUAUGUUGCCUAGAUCUCUUGUAAGCACAGUGUUAAAGAAAAUGCACUCGUCAGUUUAUGCUGGUCAUCUCGGCAUAAAUAAGGUAUUGGAUAAUGUCAGGACAUACUACAGUUGGUACAGAAUGAAAAGGGAUGUUCAAACGUUCAUCACCAACUGUGCCACAUGUCAGCACAUCAAACGCCCUCAAGCCAACAGUUCAGCCAGGUUACAGUCUUUUCUUACAGGAUCACCACUACAAAGAGUGUGCACUGAUUUUAUUGGCCCUUUGCCUGUAACUAAUUCUGGAAAUAGAUACAUUCUUGUGGUAGUGGACGCGUUCACUAAAUAUACCCAGGCAUACGCACUUCCAGACUGUUCAGCAGAAACUACGGCAGUUACCUUGGUUAACCAAUUCUUCUCCAUUUUUGGUUGCCCGUUAGAAUUGCAUUCGGAUCAGGGAUCCAACUAUCAAAGUAGAUUGUUUAGACGGGUGAUGGAAUUACUAGACAUCAAGCAAACCAGAACAUCAUCCUUCCACCCAGCCAGUAACGGACAGGCCGAACGUUUUAACUCAGUGCUAAUUAAGAUGAUAUCUGCCUUCGUAAAGGACAAUCAAAAGGACUGGGAUGUCCACCUCCCACUGUUGACCAGUGCGUACAGAAACCAUCAACACCCCAGCACUGGCUACAGCCCCAAUUAUUUAAUGUUUGGUCGAGAGCUCUAUCAACCCAUUCACCUGGCAAUGGGGGCUCCAUUACCUGACAAAUGUCUCGGUCAACCAGUACCGGAAUACGUGUUGAAACUUGAACAAAGGUUAGACGAUGUGUAUGACACCGCCAGGAGACAUCUGAAGACAGCAGCUCAGCGUCAGAAACGAGACCAUGACACUCGGGCGGUACAACAUACCUUCAACGUGGGGGACGUAGUUCUCUAUUUGGAUUUAACCAAACAGGUGGGUCGAAACCCAAAAUUGAACCCAAAUAAAUGGCGCGGACCAUUCGUUGUCAGUCGAAAAUUUAGUGAUGUGUUGUUUGAAAUUCGAGGUGAGGGAAAGACGAAGGCAAGAAUAAUUCACCACGACCGAUUGAAACCCUAUUAUGACAAUAAUCCACCAGACUGGAUUUUAAAGCUACAAACAAUUUGCCUGAGAGACAACUUCAUAGGAGCCACCCCGGAGCUUCCACGAGUUCUGCAGGAAGCGUAGAGUGUUCGGGACACUUAGUUUCAUUUUUUGGAUGACAUUUAAAUAGAAUAGAUUUAUAGUGAAUUUAUGUUGUAUUAUUCAAUGUUCAUUGUUAGUUGAAUGGUGUUCGAUCAAAAUUGUCUGAUUGUGGGAGUGUAAGAAGCGCUCUGACUGACACCAAACUGACCCUGAUCUUGACUAGAAUUGUUAGGAGACAGUGACUGAGGUGACCUUUAACUCAAUCGUGUUAUUCUAGGUACGCAUAUGAUUGAGACGAAGGGAGGUGCACUAGAACCUCAAUGUGAUGACACACGUGCGUUACUGUGAGCUGUUUUUAAAUGAAGGCUGAAGGUCCGAGGCACUUUAAGCCAUUUAGAGACCAGUUAUGUUACUGCAGCGAGGGUGUUAGGAAUCUCGGGACGACAUUGGUUUUGUAAGAUGGGGGUAGUGUGGAGAGUUCGGAUCACGACGGCGACCGGCCGUCUGACAGGUACAGCUGGCGAGUGUGGACCGUUCGGAUCACGCCGGCGACCGGCCGUCUGACAGGUACAGCCGGCGCCAGCUGACCAGAGAUCACGAUCGACGGAUCAAGCCAUCUGACCAGGGCAUUUACCUGGGACGUCUGGUCUGUUUGUAACCUGGCGCCAAUUGAGAAAAAGGGGCGGGGUAUAAUGCGCCAAUCCAGACCUGGGAGAGGAACUAUGGGACAGGGAGGUAUAAAUAGGGAUCUCUGGACGGAACGAGGGAGACGGCGGCCGGACUGAGAACUAGAUAGCAGGGAGAAGUCAGAGUUGUGAGAUGAGAGAAAGAGUAAGCAAGGUGACAGCCCAAUAAAGAACACGAGUUUAAUCAUCAAAUGUUAUCACCGAAGAUAAAAUUUAUGAGAGAGUAAGCAAUUUUUACAUAAAAUAUAUAUAUAUAUAUAUAUAUAUAUAUAUAUAUAUAUAUAUAUAUAUAUAUAUGUACCCAAGAAGGUUAUUAUCAUAAAUAUGAAUUUAAAAAAACAAGUAUUUAAUCCCAAACGAAGAUUAAAAAACCAACGAUCAACUAAGCAGACGAUAAGCUUGACUGCUAUUUUCUGUUGGCUGUUUUUUCCAAUAAAUAAACACGUUGAUGGACUUACAAAUAUCAUUUCAUUAACACUGACAUUUAGGAGUUUAUUUGAAAUACAUUUUGUGCCUUUUUUACUGUGACUUUUUUUUCCCUCACAAUCCAUUUAUUUCCCAACUGGACUGCCAAUGGUUUUUUCCACUGAAAGAAAUACACGUGUGUUAUAUUGAUUUACAUGUGAUGAUAGGGUACUAUUUUUAGAAGGUCAGCGGACAAAUAUUGCUUAAAACAUGGCAGCUUAUAGUGUGUUUCAGCAUAUCGUUCGGACGAUCCUUGUAUCUCGAGUUACUGUUGCAUUUGCCGUUCAAGCAUUUCAGAAAAUAGAAGUAAAAAAAAAUAUGUAAAAUAUUUCGUAAAAUAGAGUUGUAAACAAAUUUCAAGGACACUUGGCUAACAUAGUAAUACCGAACAGUGUUGACAUUUUGUCCGCGUUGAGUACCCGGAUGAUGAGUAAUAAUGACAUCAGUUCUAUUAAUAGAUUUCCGCCAUUAAAUGACAAGCCCUAUUACCAGCAAUCCAUGUGUGUUGUGUUGAUUUGAACUGCUGAUUUUCCUAUUGCCAGCAAUACAUGUGUGUUGUGUUGAUUUUUACUGCUGAGUUUUCCUACUGCCAGCAAUACAUGUGUGUUGUAUUGAUUUAAACGUGUUGAGUUUCCUAUGGCAAGCAAUACAUGUUUGUAAUAUUGAUUUAAACUGCUGAUUACUCCUAAUGAAAACAAUACAAGUGUGUUAAAUUGAGUCAAACGUGAUGAUACCAAAUAUAAAUUCAGAAUCUGCACAACACGUCUUGUUAUUAAGUUAUGUAUAGUAACAACUAACAUUUAGAUGCAUUGUAAAAACUGUAAAAUAUUACAUGUUUUUGUAAUGAUCUGAACGGUCUGAUGCUAAAGUUAGGUCGCGAAUAUGUUCCCCAUCAGUGGAGACUUCUCAUAAACGCCAGCAAAGCGAGCAUGGAGGCUGUUUUGUUGAACAGUGGUGACUAACAUCCAUUUUUCUCCUAUUGUGCGUGCCUUUGACCUCAAAGAGACACGUGAUUCAUUGAAACUCAUUUUGAAAGCGAUUCAAUGCUCAGAACACAACUGGAACAAGUGAUCAGCUGCCCAGGACACAACUGGAACAAGUGAUGAACUACUGAGAAGACAAGUGAAACAAGUGAUCAACUACUCAGAACACAGCUGGAACAAGUGAUCAACUGCUCAGAACGCAACUGGAACAAGUGAUCAACUGCUCAGAACGCAACUGGAACAGGUGAUUAACUGCUUAGAACACAACUGGAACAACUGAUAUGACCUGAAAAUGGUAGCACUUCUUCGAGGACUACGGCCAGGGUAUACACAAAUUUGUUGUUUUUGUGUGUGUGUGUUGCUUGUUCAACUGUAGUGAGGACAGCAACCAUAACAAAUUCAAAUAGUGGCACCUCCUAGAGUCUAAUGUUCUUUGUUUGUUUUUUGUUGUUGUUGGUUUUGGCCCAGCGUGCAACAAGACUCCUUGGGUGAUCCCUUGCAAGUGUACUUAACACCACGUCGCAUGAAACUGCGCAUAGUGAACGAUUUUGUAUUAGCAAUAGACUGUAAUAGGCAAGGCUUCCAGAACCCGAGGCGUAGCCGAAAGUUAUAAUUUUUAUUGGGCCAGAAAUCACCCGCGAAAUGAUGCGCGAUUCUGCAUUUAGAAUCGAGCUGCACCCACUCAAACGUGACACAUUGGGGUCCAUGUACGUUAGUGCAUUCACUCGAACGUGACACCUUGGUGUGCUUGUACGUUAGUGCAUCCACUCGAACGUGACACCUUGGGGUACAUGUACGUUAGUGCAUCCACUCGAACGUGACACAUUGGGGUGCAUGUACGUUAGUGCAUCCACUCGAACGUGACACAUUGGGGUGCAUGUACGUUAGUGCAUGCACUCGAACGUGACACCUUGGGAUGCGUGACCGUCAUUGCAUCAACUCUAACGUGACACCUUGGGUUGCAUGUACGUUAGUACAUCAACUCGAACGUGACACCUUGGGGUGCGUGUACGUUAGUGCAUCCACUCGAACGUGACACCUUGGGGUGCGUGUACGUUAGUGCAUCCACUCGAACGUGACACCUUGGGGUGCGUGUACCUUAGUGCAUCCACUCGAACGUGACACCUUGGGUUGCAUGUACGUUAGUACAUCCACUUGAACUUGACACCUUGGGGUGCGUGUACGUUAGUGCAUCCACUCGAACGUGAUACCUUGGGGUGCGUGUACGUUAGUGCAUCCACUCGAACGUGACACCUUGGGGUGCGUGUACGUUAGUGCAUCCACUCGAAAGUGACACCUUGGGGUGCGUGUACGUUAGUGCAUCCACUCGAACGUGACACCUUGGGGUGCAUGUACGUUAGUGCAUCCACUCGAACGUGACACAUUGGGGUGCGUGUACAUUAGUGCAUCCACUCGAACGUGACACCUUGGGUUGCAUGUACGUUAGUACAUCAACUUGAACGUGACACCUUGGGGUGCGUGUACGUUAGUGCAUCCACUCGAACGUGACACCUUGGGGUGCGUGUACGUUAGUGCAUCCACUCGAACGUGACACCUUGGGGUGCGUGUACGUUAGUGCAUCCACUCGAACGUGACACCUUGGGGUGCGUGUACGUUAGUGCAUCCACUCGAACGUGACACCUUGGGGUGCAUGUACGUUAGUGCAUCCACUCGAACGUGACACCUUGGGGUGCAUGUACGUUAGUGCAUCCACUCGAACGUGACACAUUGGGGUGCGUGACCGUCAUUGCAUCAACUCGAACGUGACACCUUGGGGUGCGUGUACCUUAGUGGUUCAAAACUUCCUUGUGCCAUACCGAGCUCAGAAUUAUGAUUUUUUUUGGGUUAUUUUUGUUUUUUGUUUUGUUUGUUAAGACUUUCUACUGAGUUUUUUUUUUCACUGUCAGAAAACAAAGACAGUGUUUUUCAUUGGAAAAGGGUUGGAUGUUUAUCAUAUCAUAUAUAUCAUCGUUUAUAAUUUAAAAGUGAAAGUUUGCUUGUUCGUUUGUUUGUUUGAGGUGGUGUCUGUUUGUUCCACAAAGGUUUUUACAUGGAUUGAUGGAUCUUGACGAAACUUGGCACAUACAUCCAUCAUGAUCCAGAAGGAACUCUUAAGGGGUUAUGAUUUUUUUAUAACAUUUCGUUAGGGGCCGGGGGCCCCAAAUGUCGUUUUUUCCUAUAUGAGCUAUAUAAAAUUAAUUAGAAACAAAUACUCCCACACAUGGGCGCCCGCAGGUAGGGACAAGGUGGGGCACCCCCCCCCUGGAUUGAUUGGAUAAAAAAUUUUUUAGACAAAAGUAGACAAAAAAAUUAUUAAAGUCAAGAGAAAAUAAAGAGAAAGUAACUAAGCCGAUGUCCUAUCCGUUCGUUCACCAUACAUAUACGCUACAGUAAAUUAAAACUAUAUUAAAACAUUACUAAAAUUUUUUUGCCCCCCCCCCCCCGGAGAAAGUUAAUCGAUUUUUUUUGCCCCCCCCCCCUUCCCUAGAAAGUUUUCUGCGGGCGCCCAUGCUCCCCCACGAAUUGAUGGAUCUUUACCAAACUUAGAACACAUGCUCUUUGUUAUUCAUGCUCAAAUACCGAAGGGUACUGAACUCAUAAUAUCCAUCCGUCUGGGGUCGGGGGCCCCAUUUCUUUUUUUCUUAUAUUGACUAUAAAAAAAAUGAUAGGCUUAAUACUCCGACAUGAAUAGAUGGAUCUUGACCAAACUUAUUACACAUACACUUUAUUAUCCACAUUCAAAUACCGAAGGGUACUGAACUCAUAAUAUUCAUCUUUCUGGGACCAGGGGCCUCGUUUCAUUUUUUCCUCCGUAAGCCAUAUAAAUAUCAAUAGGCUUAGACAACACAAUAGUUUCGUUGUGAAUUGAUGGAUAUUGACCUAGCGUUGUAGCAAUACCCUUCAUUGUCUGUAUUGAAAUAUUGGUGGAUUAAAGCUAAAAAUAUCCAUUAUAGAAUUUUCCAGAAAAUUCGAUAAUUUUAAAAAGCUUUAUCAAUGGCAUUUGUAAGUAGAUUUUAAUGGGACCAAUUUUCAAUUUCAACUCUAUUUUUGUAUCCAUCUGAUAUUUGUAGGGCCCCCCUAUCUCAGGCAUAACUAAAUCUUUACAGUUAUGGAAUGGGCCCCCACUAACAUCAAUCCAACUAAUUAUCUAUUAUAGGGGCUAAUUUUAUAGGUUAUAUUAAAAUAGGAUUUUAAAAAUAAAACUAAUUAUUGAAUCCCCCUCCCCCCAAAAAACUAUUCCCAAUAAAUAUCAAACCUUUGCCAUCCCUACCCUUAGUUUGUUCACGUUCAAUGUAACAUACAACCUUCAAAACUGCGCUCAAAACACAUCUCUUUAAUCUCUACUAUCCUGACUGAUUCCCACAUCUAACCGAAAAACGAUGGUACUGAGUGUCGUCCAUGUCUUGAGAUGUAAAUAGUUUUAAAUAUACAUUUGUUUUUUUUAAAUUUAAUUAAUGUAUGUUAAUUAAUUUUUUAAAGUUUCUAGAUUAUGUUUGUUAAAUUGUAUGUACAGCGUGGUGAGUCUAGCCCUUAGCUGGGGUACCAUGCUAUAUACAACCACGUAUAAUAAUAAUAACAAUAAAAAUAAUAAUAAUGGUAAUUCAAACCACGAACAUUAACUGACUCUGUAUUUAAAAAAAACCCAAAAACAAACACUAUCACAAUACAAUGCCACAGGUGUGUUGAACAGAGACAGCCAUGUUGCCCCCGGGGCCGCGAGGUGGUUGGAUCUUCGGAUCAUUAUUUGACUACAAGGGCCCCAAAAGCAAUCUGGAGUGGACCAAAGAGUACGGCGCAAUCUACUUUGUGAAGAUGGGCCCGAAGAACAUGGUGUACCUCAACAGCAUCGACCUGGUGAAGAAACACAUGGAGGGGAAGAAAGGAGAGGUGUUUUUAAAUCGUCCGGGUGGACCAGCUGCUAUUGGUCAGGGUAAGGUGGAUGUGUGUGUGACCAUUUAGAUCCACCGUGUGAUUGGUCACGGUACCUUCAAUUUGUGAUUAGUAAAAGGUUUUUGUACAGAUUCUGGCAAUUAUGAUAUUUGUUUCUCAUUGAGAUUGAAUAUUCAUUGUCAAAAAGCAUUUAAACUGCUGUUAAAACCUUAUUCAAUAUGUAGUAAACUUUCAUAAAGCAAUUCCUUAUCUAUGGUAUGGUAAAUAUAUAUACAUAUAUAUAUAUAUAUAUAUAUAUAUAUAUAUAUAUAUAUAUAUUUUUUUUUUUAUCUCUCAAAUAUAUAUAUAUAUAUAAUUUUCUCUCUCUAUACAUCUUUUUCUCAUCUCUCUCUCUGUUUCUCUCUCUCUCUCACUCUCUCUCUCUCUCUCUCCUUNGUCAAAAAGCAUUUAAACUGAUGUUAAAAUCUUAUUCAAUAUAUAGUAAACUUUCAUAAAGCAAUUCCUUAUCUAUGGUAUGGUAAAUAUAUAUAUAUAUAUAUAUAUAUAUAUAUAUAUAUAUAUAUAUAUAUAUAUGUUCUUCAUUAUGUCUCCGAAAUGCAUAUGUACAUACAAUUUUCUCUCAGUACAUCUUUUCUUCAGCUCUCUCUCUGUUUUUCUCUCUCUCUCACGCUCGCUCUCUUUCUGUCUGUCUCUUUCUUUCUCUCUCUCUCUUUCUCUCUCCUCUUGCUCUCUCUCGUUCUCUCUCUAUCUCUCUCUAUCUCUCUCUCUUUCACUCUCUUUGUUCUCGCUCUCUCUCUCUCUCUUUCUCUCUCCUCUUGCUCUCUCUCGUUCUCUCUCUAUCUCUCUCUAUCUCUCUCUCUUUCACUCUCUUUGUUCUCGCUCUCUCUCUCUCUCUUUCUCUCUCUCGCUCUCUCUCGUUCUCUCUCUCAAUCUCUCUCUUUCUCUAUCUCUUUAUUACUCUUUUCUCUCUCUCUUUCUCCCUGUCUCUCUCACUCUCUGUCUCUUCCUCUCUUGUUCGCUCUCUCUACAUAAUUUUUGAUUUGAUUGGAUAUUUAUAUCGCGCUGGUAUCCAUGCCACCUUAGCAUGCUCACUGCGCUGUGGUCCUCCGAAAUCUAUUUUUUUUUAAAAAGUUUUUAAUUGUUUCUUAAAUGAUUUUUUUAUCAUUUACAAUUCCCAUAAAAGAUUGAGGCAAACUGUUCCAUAAUUUCGGCGCUAUCGCUUCAAAAGAGCGCUCUCCGUAAGACUUUUACAAAAAUCUAUUAACUGGUCACAGAACGUAUAGGGAUGUCAGGUCCUUAUAAUCCAAAGGGAAAAAGUUUCGAAUGUGACUUCUAUCGCCGUCUCAACACAGACAAGACUGCUAAACAUUUCUAUGGCUCCUUCUUAGGGCAGAACCGAGGUUCCCCUUAAUCCUGAAUCUGCCCUGACGCAACAUAUCAAGAAAGCUCUCCAACCAGGUGACUUUAAGUGGCAGAUAACUAACUAUUAAACGUGAGACAUAAUGUGAACAAUUUGUCUCAAAGUGAUUGUUUGGGUGGCCUUUGACUUUCUUCGGUUCAAUUAUUUUGUCUUUGUGACGUUUGUACUGUCAAGAAAACCUCUACCUCGUCAUUCAUUUCUCUAUCCCUUAGCAGACCCUGUUUACGACAACUACGAGUAACUACGUUUUUAACCAUGACGAGCCUAAGACUACGGCGCUAUGACGAGCCAAAGACUACGGCGCUACGACAAGCCUAAGACUACGGCGCUAAUGACGAGCCUAAGACUACGGCGCUAUGACAUGCCUAAGACUACGGCGCUACGACAAGCCUAAGACUACGGCGCUACGACGAGCCUAAGACUACGGCGCUAUGACGAGCCUAAGACUACGGCGCUACGACAAGCCUAAGACUACGGCGCUAAUGACGACCCUAAGACUACGGCGCUAUGACAUGCCUAAGACUACGGCGCUACGACAAGCCUAAGACUACGGCGCUACGACGAGCCUAAGACUACGGCGCUAUGACGAGCCUAAGACUACGGCGCUAUGACGAGCCUAAGACUACGGCGCUAAUGAUGAGCCUAAGACUACGGCGUUAUGACGAGCCUAAGGCUACGGCGCUAUGACGAGCCUAAGACUACGGCGCUACGACAAGCCUAAGACAACGGCGCUACGACGAGCCUAAGACUACGGCGCUAUGACGAGCCUAAGACUACGGCGCUAAUGACGAGCCUAAGACUACGGCGCUAAUGACGAGCCUAAGACUAUGGCGCUAUGACGAGCCUAAGACUACGGCGCUAUGACGAGCCUAAACAAUACUUCCGUCUGGGAGAUUUUUUUUUGAUUGUUUGGCUUUAUUUUUUAUUUUAAAAAAAUAAUAAUUUGGCCUGUUAUCAGUAAAAACUUACAGUAUGUUUGUGUUGACACCGUAAGCAAUCGAACAAGAAUAACCGUGAUCCGCUUUUUUAGUUGAGUGGAUGACAUAACACAACUUGUAUUUUGUUUGCGAACCAGCCCGCCCCCUCUCCCCCCCCCCCCCCUUUCCCAACCACACUACUCUUUGGAACUUGAAACGCCAUUUUUGAAAGCUGAAAACUACUCUGACACUAACCCAGGGGGUACAGAGGUCUGCGUUACUUCCACACAUAACACCUGGGUUUGUUUGUUUUUUUAUUAGAAUGAAUGAUGAAAUGAUGAAUGAUAAGCAAUGUGUUUGAUUAUCUGAUUACAGGUCUACUUUUUGGAAGCGGAGACCGAUGGCAGAAAAACAAAAGCGCCUUCGUGAAAUCCUUGAACACGAAAAACUUCACCAAAACCAUGGAGCUCUCCAUUCAACGGGAGCUCGAGCUUGUGGUGAAGGAGCUGAGCGCAAGGUGCGACCGCAGCUUAAAAAUCGGGGACGUCCUCAUAGUGGCAUGCGCCAACGUCAUAGCCGGUCUGCUCCUGGGGGAACCCUUACCCGUGGGGGGUGAGGACAGAAAGGAACUCCUGGGCAUCGUGAACAAUUUGGAGCGCACCGACUUGACCUCACUUGUGUCUCAGAUAUCCCUCAAGUUUCCCAUGUGAGUUUAUUUUAAGGACACAUAUUUCCGGAAACGAUCCCUUCAUGCGUCGCGCUCCUCCCCAGCGAAACUUUCGCGAGGAGUUGUUUUUGUUAUAGAAUUAUUUUUUUAUAAUUAUUAAAACAAAAUUCAAACAUUGUAAUCGCAACAUUUAUUUAAAAUGAAAAUCGAAAUUUUGAAACACUAUCCUGAACAGAAAUCAGUUUAUAGGUCGAAAAAAAAAAUUGAAUUGUAAUUUAAAAUACAAACGCACAGGGAUUCCCUUUCAAAUUCUUACAAUCCCCAUUGAUUUGGCUUUCCUGUUGCAUAUUCUAGAAAUAUGUCAAUAUGAAGCCCUCAUUUUGCGGUGAAACGAUUCGAUUAAUAUUUUUUUUUCCCAACUGAUAUGCUCACUAAAACAGACUCCGAGCUCCGUUGUCAAGAAUCUCUGGGAGAGAGAUCAUAGACAUACCCGGCACCAGCCAUAGACUUCACGCCCUCAUCAGAAAGUGGAUAAAGAGCCUAGAUACGAGUGGCCCUCCUGCGUACAGUGAGCCAACCACUUCCACUGACGAUGUGAAGGACAACACCAAGCCUAUGAAUUCCUCUGGCGAUACUCGUACAGGAUUGCUAGAGGACCAGUGGGCAUUGCACGAAGAGCCGUUAGAGGACAAUCAAAAGUCAACUCUGCAAAUAAUUCUUGAACAGCAAGAAUUCGCUGACGCAGCACAAAAGGGUAAGAACGCACACUGCCUCGAAAAAUUGAAAACCUCGAAAUGCCCCCCCCCCUAUCCCCCUCCCCCCCCCUCCGUCCCCAAAACCGUAUUGUUAUUUAUAAAACGGAUUAAAUUAGGAAAGCUAUGACUUAGUUAAACGAUUGGAACUUGACACCACCCCCCGCCCCACCUUUCCCAACCCUCAUAAAACAAACAAAUAUAAACACGUCACAUUGUCUGUGCCUCGUGUCUGUGUAUCGAUAUUAGGUCAUUUGAUACCCGUACACGCUGGGGGAUCAAAUUGUGACUAACAUUCACAGCCAACAUAAACAAUAGAUCGUUGUGUUAGUGUUGUCUUCUGUAUCGUUCCAACAGCAUCAUUUCAGGUCGUGUAUCGGUCGCACGCCCCCAUCACACAACAUACACCUAUAUGAAUAGUAUUUGUAUUUUGUCUACUUCAUAAAACGCAACCCUAAAUCUCUUUUAUUUAUACAUUACGGGUUAACCAUUGUUUACUUUUUUCUUCCGUUCAACCCACUCCCACUCCCACUCCCACUCCGACAACCCCACAAUUUUUUUUUCAGACAACGAGCUGAUCCAGUCAGUGACUGACAUGUUUUUUGGUGGGGUCACCAGCACCUUGUCCGGCCUGGAGUUCACGCUCAUGUAUCUGUCCAAACAUCCGGCCAUCAGGCAAGCUGCUCAGUCCCAGCUUGACAGGGCGGCGGCGGCGGAGGCUCACGGCGGGCAAAUCACCUGGUCCAUGAGAGAACAGUUGCCUUACUUGCAAGCGUGUAUAGCCGAGGGUCUCAGGCUAGGGUCUGUGACGCCAUCUUCUUUACCGCACGUCGCCAUUGAAGACGUUGAGGUUUGUCUCCAUGUUUGAAUGUUUGUUUUUUUGUUUUUUAUUUCUUUGUAAAUUCCGAUUUUCUAUUAUUUAAAAAAAAAAAAUUAAAUAUUAUAUUUUGUUAAAGAAAAUGAUGCGGUUCACAUCACGGAAUAUUUGAGAAUGGAAACGGGAAAUAACGCUUACAUAAGGCACAAGAGUGCAAUGUAAUCGGGAAACGGGGACAAAAAUUAAAGGUCAUUAUUUUUUCCAUUAUUUUAAUGAGGAAAAAAAAAGAUAUCGUAAGGCCUGUGAUAUUUAUUAUUAUUUUUUUUUUUUUCAAAUGUGGAACUUUACAAAUAUCGUCCUACUCCAGAAUGUCCUAUACAAUUUACUUUACAUUUGGCAAAUUCAGCCUACAGUCAAAAUAGUAUCGGGAUGAUGAGACAGCAGACCAUGUUGCAAGUGUUGAACGGAGAGAUAGUCGAUCAUUUUGGCAUACUGUUCAAACACGUUGGGCAACUAGUGUGUUCUUAAGAUUCUUUGAAUGUAACUUUCAUGUUCACUGCUCUCCCCUUUAAAGGUAUGUAACGCAGAACUUUAUGUAUAGCCUGGAUCAACAGAUGCAAAUUGUCUCCCGUCUGCUAGGUUGAAGGCUACACGGUCCCCAAAGGGACGAGCGUCAUGGGGAGCAUCUACAGCUUGCACCGCGACCCUAACUUCUACACUGACCCGGAAGUGUUUAAACCAGACCGGCACAUUGACAGCAAUGGUUUGUUUCAAGCCCCAGAAAGUUACAGACCUUUUGGCAUAGGUAAAAUUGUGUAUAAAAUAUAGUUUGAUAGGAAUAUCAGACGAAAGCAUGCAUACACAAUGUAGUCUUCAACCUGUGAUGAGUGGCGCAGCAAAGGUUAGCGCCUCCCAGGCCGGACCAAGAUAUUUGCCACCCCUUCCACACAAAAAACAAAACAACAACAACCCCCCCCCCCAUCUCACAAAAAUAUGCAGUUGGCCGAAAGUGCCAACCCUCAAUAUAAAACAGCUGCGCCCGGGUUAACACCCCCCCCCCCCAGUGUGACCCCCCUCCUUAUGCCAAGUCCCAGGGUCCAACUUUUCCUCUUCUUUGUCCUCCAGGUGCCAGNCUCCCAAAAAUACGCAGUUGGCCGAAAGGGCCACCCCUCAAUAUAAAACAGCCGCGCCCGGGUUAACACCCCCCCCCCCAGUGUGACCCCCCUCCUUAUGCCAAGUCCCAGGGUCCAACUUUUCCUCUUCUUUGUCCUCCAGGUGCCAGAAGAUGUGUUGGUGAGGUCAUGGCCGAGAUGCAGCUGUUUCUCUACAUUGCCACCAUCCUGAGGCACUUUGAUAUCACUGCCGUGGACGAUGUGGCCCCUGGUGACAUGGAGACCCACAUGGUGGUGGUUCACCGGCUCAAGGCAUUCACGUGUUUGCUCAAACAAAGAAAAGUGACGGGUGUGUAGACCAGUGACUGGCAUUUCGGUUAUAGUGGACAACUUAGUCUUCUUUGGCAUUUCAUAUGGCUUAUUCCAGGCCUGCACAACAUACGACCCGCGGGGCCGUAUGCGACCCACCAGCACCCACUUUGCGGCCCGCGAAAGAACCAAAUAUUUUAUAUUCUUAUUAUUUUCUUAACAGCUUCCCCCUUGUCCUUUUUUCUUUUGGCCCGCACAAGUUUUUCAUAAAGUAUUACAGCCCGCCUUACAUUUUGAGCGGUGCGGGCCUGGCAUAUUCCCUUUGAAAUGAAAGAAGAUGGAAACGUUGAUGUGACCGAUGAGACCAGGAGCAAAGUUCAAAUUGUCGCUGAAGCUGCCCGCACUGCUGAAACCCCAACAUGAAAGUAUGCGCCAUCAAGGCAGCUUGAAAGUAACUGUGUAUGCAGAUGUUGCCUAUCGAUGCUAUGAACGGGUCAGAAGCUUUCAAAGGAGGCCGUGAUUAGAACAAUGAUGGCCCCAUUUAACCAACGUGCCGUUUCCUCAAGUGGUUUAGACUAUCUCAAGUGAGCGUUGACGGCAGAUGUUUGAAAAAAAAAACCCAACAACAUAACAUAUAUGUGAUCGAAUGAAUAAAGAUAAUCUGUUGGAUAAAAUGCAAAUCUAUAAUGAAUAUUGUCGAAAUUGAUAUAUAUAUUUUUUUUUUUUUUUUGAAAUUAAAAAAUUUUUUUUUUAAGUAAAAUUUUUACCCAACAACAUAACAUAUAUGUGAUCGAAUGAAUAAAGAUAAUCUGUUGGAUAAAAUGCAAAUCUAUAAUGAAUAUUGUCGAAAUUGAUAUAUAUAUUUUUUUUUUUUUUUGAAAUUACAAAUUUUUUUUUUUAAGUAAACGUUUUUAUUUUUUAAAUAUUAAAAUAUUAGACUAAAUGACCCGAUGUAAUCGGGAUAAUAAUGGUUAGGUCCUUUGCGAUAAUUUUUAAAUGCUAUUGCAAAAACACAUCCCAAUUCAUAACUUUUAAAAUGUAAUGAUAUUUACGUUUCUAAUAGCAUUCAGUUUUGAGUAGUGUUUAUCUGCUAUAUAUGAUACGCGUACCCUACACACUUUCACGCUCCUAAACUACUUUUCUGACUCUUAAUAUGACCUUAAAUUACCCAGUCUAAAUUACCACUAAUUAUAUCACUUUGGUCAUUAAGGAAGUUAAUUGAGGGACAAUUAAUACGCUACAGAAAUACUUUAGAUUUACCCCUUUUUGUUCCCUUGAAUUACAACUUUUUUCACUCAAAAUUUGAAAAAAAAACUAAUCUUAAAUGUACCCCAAAAAACUCUCUAUAUAUAAUAUAAAAAUAUUUUGUAUUACAUGAAUUCGAUAUAUAUUGAUAUUUUCAUUAAAAAAUUAAACACAUUUUCGCCUUUUUAACAAGAGAAUUUAACAUCUCUUUUUUUCACAAAUGUAAUACCAUACGAUUUAAAUAUAUUUUCAUCCACGUAUAAAUGUACACAUCCUUUUUCCUAUCUCCGAAAUGUAUGUACCCAAGAAGGUUAAUUAUUAACCAAAUUAAUUCCAUUUUUGGGACGUAUCUUGUAUUGCUUUGGUCAAAAUAAACAUACCAAAAUUUGUAAAAAGAGAAUGUAACAUAUUUUUUUAUCACAAAUGUAAUACCAUAGGAGUUAACUCUGUUGUCAUCCAUGUAAUAAUUUACACAUCUUAUUUCCGACCUCCGGAAUUCGAUAUAUAUUGAUAUCUUCAUCAAAAUUUAAACACAUGUUUGCCUUUUUAAAAAUUAUACAUUAUCAGAAAAUCGUAAAACAAAGAAUUCUUUGAUCUAAGAAGAAUCUCGCAACUGUUUUUCACGCCUAUAUCUGAUUUGACUGUCUUUAACAAAAAUAAAUAAAUUGUUAAUCUCAUAAAAAUACAAACCUCUUUACUUUUUGCUAAGUAACAACAAAAAUAUAUUUUCAUUAAAAAAAAAACGAAAAUAUUAACCCAUCUUCAUUUGUCAUAAUUUAAUUUCCAAGUGUGUAAAAUGAUUGGGUUUUGGUAAUCAUAGAUAUACUUAUAUAAAUGUACCCAAGAUUUGUUAACGCCAUUGAUUUUCUUAAUUGGUAAACAUAUGUUUAUUUAUAAAAAGAGAAUGUAACAUCUCUUUUUCACAAAUGUAUACCAUGUGAUUUAA